AUGGUUGACGACAGGCACCAGAAAGUGGCUCUGGGGGUCGUAGUUGCCUUUCCUAUUUUGGGAGGGAUCGCAGUCGUGCUGCGGUCAUGGAGUCGGCUUAUGACAGGAACGCGGUUCGGACCGGAUGAUGUGUUCAUCGUGGCCGGAUAUAUACUGGCCAUCGGCCAAUCCAUCACCUCGUGGUAUUACAUCAAAACGAACUAUGUGGGCAUCCACGAAUGGGACAUUCCCGCAGACUACAACAUAAAAACUGGCCUCAUUUGGAAUUUCGCCAACCAGCUCAUCUAUAACCCCUGCCUCACAAUGGUCAAACUCUCGAUCCUCUUCUUUCUCCGCCGCCUCGAGUCGCAAUCCCGGUCAGUCAACCUCCUCAUUUGGUCCACCACGAGCGUCACCAUCCUCCUCUUCCUCGUUGUUCUGUUCGUCGAUAUCUUUCAAUGCCACCCGAUCGCGUACGUCUACGACACCUCCCUCGCCAACGGCACCUGCAUCAACCAAGGGGCCUUCUAUGUCGCGACCGCCGCCAUCAAUUUGUUUACCGAUAUCCUCGUCGUCUCGAUCCCGACACUGAUCACCUUCCGCCUCCACAUGCCGUGGCGAAAGAAACUGGCCGUGUGCGUGAUAUUAUGUAUGGGGUUGAUAGCAACCGCAAUUGGCAUCUGGAGAAUCAUCCUCCUGGCAAACGGCUUCUUCCCGACCCAGCCUGUCACCGACGCGACCUACGCCAUCGGCUUCUGUAGUUCCGCCGUCGAGGUGCACGUUGCCGUCGUCGCCGCCUGUGCCCCGUGUCUCAAAGCGGUCGUCAGUCGCUACUGGCCGCGCCUCUUCGGGACGACCGACCAAUAUUCCUCCGGCAAGAACAUAUACGGGUACGGCUAUGGU